UACGACGCGCGGGCGCGGUGCGCUUGGCGGCUGGAGCGGAGCCGAGCGAGCGAGUGCGGCCGUCGGGCUGAGGGGCCGAGCGGACCGUGGUGUCGCCAUGUCGCACGGCCACAGCCACGGCGGGGGCGGCUGUCGCUGCGCCGCUGAGCGGGAGGAGCCGCCCGAGCAGCGCGGCCUGGCCUACGGCCUGUACCUGCGCAUCGACCUGGAGCGGCUGCAGUGCCUUAACGAGAGCCGCGAGGGCAGCGGCCGCGGCGUCUUCAAGCCGUGGGAGGAGCGGACCGACCGCUCCAAGUUUGUUGAAAGUGAUGCAGAUGAAGAGCUUCUGUUUAAUAUUCCAUUUACGGGCAAUGUCAAGCUCAAAGGCAUCAUUAUAAUGGGAGAGGACGAUGACUCACACCCGUCUGAGAUGAGACUGUACAAGAACAUUCCACAGAUGUCCUUUGAUGACACAGAAAGGGAGCCAGAUCAGACCUUUAGUCUGAACCGGGAUCUAACUGGGGAAUUAGAGUAUGCCACAAAAAUUUCUCGUUUUUCAAAUGUUUAUCAUCUUUCGAUUCAUAUUUCAAAAAACUUCGGAGCAGAUACCACGAAGGUCUUUUAUAUUGGCCUGAGAGGAGAAUGGACUGAGCUUCGCCGACAUGAGGUGACCAUCUGCAAUUUUGAAGCAUCGGCCAACCCAGCAGACCACAGGGUCCAUCAGGUUACCCCACAGACACACUUCAUUUCCUAAGGGCUAGCCAAGGCUCCCACAGAGGCGCCAUGUCAGUGAAGAUGUACGACUACCUGUUGGGAAGGACAAAGGGAUGAGGUUCCAGAGAGAGGUGGCUGCCACAGCCUGUGUCAAGCUUGGUCUUUGGGCUUGCUGCAGAAACCUGGCCUACGGAAGAUACCACACCACUGGGAGGGUUGUGUGGGCACUGAGGGACAAUCGUGCUUCUCUAGAGCACUGCAGAACUUGGGUCUGGGGCUGGGUGGCAUCUGGCAGUCUUGAAUAACGCUUCCUUUUCAGUCGAUGUGGCCAUGGGAUUCCAGGUAUCUUGUUGCUUUGUGGCAGGAUUGUUGUGUGACUUAGGUUUUAAAAACGUGGAAACUCUUGAUGGGCUACAGAAAACUUUCUGAAGCCUCAGAAUUGUGUUUAUUCACCACCAGGAAGGUCUCUAGCUAAAAACACGUGUUCUUGCCUGCUUCUUUCCCCUGUCAUUGUUCAGCAUUCUUGUCAAGUUGCCCAGCUUGGAGUUGUCUGUCAUGCACAAGUGGUCAGAGCUAGAAGGGCAGGUGUCUCCUGCUAAUGCGUGAGAACUUGGGAGAAGGUCUUCUUUCCCACUACCUAGCUAAGCAAUCUGGGGAGAGCUUGGGAAUCAUUUCUGUAUUUUUGGGUAAUUUGGUUGGGGUAAUAUUGAGAAUUAAUUAUGAUUCUCCUUGAAACUUUCUUAAUGUUUAUUAGCUUCUAACUCGUGUUGUAAGUCCAGUGCCAGAGUUUGGAGAUCUCUAAGUUCUUUUCAUGGCUUUUAUUCACUGUGACUAAUAAGCUUCCUAAUAAAUCCUUGCCUGAUGCAA